GCGCGCGCACGUGACUCGGCGCGACCAGUGAGCGGCGCGCGCUGCCUCCUCGCUGCGGCUGCGUGGUGGAGCGAGUCGCGGGGUCGCGAGUCGCGAUGUCGGCCGCGGACUGCCCGGCACACGUUGGUGGCCGUGCCCCCGGCGAGCACGCCCCGGAGACCGUGGCUGCUCGCCAGUCGGAGCUGCCCCGCCGCCCUGCGGCUGACGACGACGACGGCGGCGACUUGAAGGAGGACAUCGAUGCCGAGCAGUCGCCAGGCAACGGGAGAUGCCCGGCGAAGAUGACGAGCCCGUGCCGUCGUCCCGAAGACGACCGCGUCCAGGUGGCCGGCGUCUACCUCGAGGAAGUCGACGGCGGCCGCCAGCAGCAGCAGCAGCCGCAGCCGCCGGGCGCGGAUCGUGCAGAAGACGCCUGGACGUUGAGGGGGAGUAGCAGGAGCAGGAGUAGCAGCAGGAGGAGGAGGAGGAGCAGCAGGGGAGGCGAUGAGCAGCCUGGGGGGGCCUGCGACUUCCAGCCUCCGGAGGGGGGGUUUGGCUGGGUGGUCAUGGUCGCCUCCAUGUGGUGCAACGGAGCCAUCUUCGGGAUCCACAACUCGUUCGGGAUCCUCUUCCUCGCCCUGCUACAGUUCGGGGACGACAGCGGCAGCAGCAGCAGCAAGGCGUCGUUUGUGGGCGCGCUGGCCAUGGGCAUGCUCUUCCUGUGCGCGCCGGUCGUGAGUUUGUUCACCGGCCGCUUCGGCUGCCGCAUCACGGCCGUGGGUGGGGCCACCGUGGCCUUCGCUGGGCUCCUGUGCAGCUCCUUUGUGAAGCAGCUGGACCUGCUGUACCUCACCUACGGGGUGGUGUUCGCCGUGGGUGCCGCCUUCGCGUUCCAGCCCUCGCUCGUCAUCCUCGGCCACUACUUCAAGCGCCGGCUGGGGCUGGUGAACGGCAUAGUAAUGGCGGGCAGCAGCGUGUUCACCGUGGCGCUGUCCUACAUCAUGAAGCACAUGCUGGUCUCGUUUGGGCUGGUGCUCACUCUGCAGGCGCUCGCCGCGCUCAUGCUGCCGCUCAUCGUUGCGGGUUUCGCUUACCGGCCCCUGAUGCCCAGGCUGGGUGUGGAAGGGGCUCGGACCAGUGCCGCCCCCUCUGGCUGUGGCCGCUGCCCUCCUUUGAGAAUAAAGACGUUCUGCGUCUGGGUCUCCGGGGUCCCCAUUGCCCUCUUCGGAUAUUUUGUGCCGUACGUCCACCUCAUGAACUACGUGAAGGAAAACCUGGAUAAGGAGGCUGCGCAGCAUGAUUACGUGCUCAUCAUCUGCAUCGCGGUGUCUUCUGGGCUGGGCCGCCUCGGCUUCGGUUGGCUGGCGGACAUCAUUCCCGGGGUCAAGAAGGUCUACUUGCAGAUCGUCGCUUUCCUGGCGGUGGGCCUCAUGUCGGCGCUCAUCCCCAUGUGCUCCUCGCUGGGUUCCCUGGUGGCGGUGUGCAUCGUCAUGGGCCUGUUUGAUGGCUGCAUCACGUCGCUCAUGGCCCCCAUCGCCUUCGAGCUCGUGGGGCCGCACCACGCCUCGCAGGCCAUCGGCAUCGUGCUGGGCCUAAUGUCUGUGCCUAUGACCGUUGGGCCUACGGUGGCAGGUCUCCUCCGGGACUGGACGGGCUCCUACGACAUCCCCUUCUACCUGGCGGGCGUGCCGCCGCUGGUCGGCAGCGGCGUGCUCUUUUUUGUGCCGUAUGUGACCGCGCGCGCGCCCAAGGAGGAGCAGUGCCCCGAGGUGGGGGGGGCGCGGGGGACUCCGCUGACUCCCGGGGGCGCGGGCGACACGGCGGGGUCAAGGGGGCAGCUCCUGCUCAGAUCCCCGGCCGAGGACAACGCUCCGCUGGCCACCGGCCUGUGAAAUCAAUCCGAGCUCUGUUAAGAAAGCAGCGCGAAAUGUCAUCGUCGGUAAUAGGAAGUGUUUUAUUUUUUUUGUCGUGGAGUUAAACGUUCCGAGUAGAACACUAACCGUUUGACCUCUUUUUAAAUGUUCAUCCCACAUUGUUGUUUUGGAAUCAUCUUGUACGGCCUAAAAAUUCCACGGUGUUGGCUUCUUGACAUCCCGAAUAUACCUGCAGGCCCAUACUGUGGGUAUCCGGUCGAGUUGUUCAGUGCAGGAGCUCGACCUGGGAACGCGAGAGCAGAAGCCGCGAUGUUUUUUAAAUGAGCCGAUGUUUUGUGGGAUCGUCGCUCCGAGUCCAGGCUGAUCGCAAGGAGCGCCGGGCAAGUAGCAUCCUGCGCACAAAUGCGCGUGUCGUUCCCCUCGCGAUGAUGUAACACUACGUUGCUCCGGGCCCUAGUUGGCUCGCAGCGCGACGCUGAUUUUUCUUUUUUUAAGCAUGAAAUUUUUAGACGCACUGUGAGCUUAAGGCCCUUUUUGUAUUUUUAAAUGGAUUGCAUUUUUGUAGUAGAUUCAGCUGUAGGUAGGUUUGGUUUACAAGUCUCUACACCGGUGACUGUAGUGUAGAGCUUCGUGUAUACGUUAGGUUCGUCCGCACAGUGUUAUACUUAGUCGCCAGGAAAUCCUCAAUCGAGCUGCAGACUCUACUAGGUCCAGCUCCUCCUCGCUCAAUUGAUGCAGGGCCAACUCAUCAAUAAGAUGACCGCUGUGAUUUCCUAUCAAGUGGUACUGUAUACAUGUUAUCGACCUACGGAGGGGAUGAUAGGCCGAGUUGACCCUUGACUGUGAUUUGAACUCGACACCUCAUGAUUGCGAGGUAUGCGCUCUUAAUCGAGCGCGAGGGAUUGGCCGUUAUGAAUUGAGGAUCGCCUUAAUUCCUGCCGAGUUAUGCUUGCAGUAUUCCCUUAUUAUUUGCCAAGGAUACGUUCCGACGAUGCUCGUGAUUCUCAAAUUUGUGAAUUACCUUAAAUAAAUACAUCAAUGAGCUAAUAAAUACGUUAAAAUUAUCAUAACAAAAAAAAAAUUGGUAGUUAAAAAGAAAGAUCAAAUAUAAAGAAAUGUGAAAGUAACUCAUCACUUUAUCUCUCAUCACCUUAUCUCUUCACUUAAUCUCUUCACUUUCUCGCAUCACAUUCUCUCUCACCACUCUCUCUCAUCACUUCCUUCUUCCCUCUCUAUCUCUUGAUGGUGUCCGUGCAGAGUUUCAGAUGCGAUUCGUGGAUAGCCAAAAUCGCGGAUAGCUAGUUCAUGAAUAACAAGGGAAUACUGUACAAGUAGCAAAGUGGGGGUCUCAUGCCCCCCCAUCCCCACCCCUUCCCCCCUCAAUAGUUUCCUACCUCAAAGCACGUCUGAGCAGCCUACCAUGCACCUGGACCCGCUUGUCACUCGCGAUGCACUCAACUCUGCAAGUCGCCGGGUGCGUGUCUCAACUAGGUAGCCGCGAUGCUCCGUCAAACCGUGUUCUGCGCUUGGUAGAUGUUUUUUUUGUAUUGGUAUAAAUGCUGUUAAACGUUAGAAUCGGUCAAUUUGAUAUGUUUAAAUAACAAUACCUCCUUUAUUACAUUACGUUAUGUUUUGUUUACCCAUGGGCGAUAUGUUGCCGUUUCCCAAUUGUGUAAUUUGCAAGUACGUUUUGUUUUUAUUUUGGCAAAUCUUGACCAUGAUGACAUUGCGCCCAUAACCUACUCUUCUUUUGAAUUAUGUCACGGGAUCUUUAACUUACACUGGUUAAUACAUCCUGUUAAGCCACAUCGCAUCUAUAACUGUACAGUGAGGGAAAAAAAGUAUCUGAUCCCCUGCUGAUUUUGUACGUUUGCCCACUGACAAAGAAAUGAUCAGUCUAUAAUUUUAAUGGUAGGUUUAUUUGAACAGUGAGAGACAAAUAACAA